UUUCUCUCUCUGUAUAUAAAUUAGUAAUCUUCGUAUUAAUAGCAAUCUGUUGAUGACACUUGGCUCUAUAUUCUAGAUUCUAUCAUUCUAUGUAGAUCUUGAUCUAGGUCUAAUUUUAAAAAAAAUUCUCAUUAAAGUAACAAUCAAAUAAAAUUUGCCUCAUUAUUUGUAGAGAAUGGCAGAUCAAGAGCAGAAAGCCAUACAGUUAAUAGCGGAGGCAGAGAGUAAAUUAAAAUCGGCAAAGGGGUUGUUUUCAUCUUUGUUUGGUGGUGGAAGUUCUAAACAAGAAGAGGCAUGUGAACUGUAUGUUAGAGCAGCAAAUGCUUUUAAAAUGGCAAAAAAAUGGCCUCAGGCUGGUAAAGCAUUUGAGGAAGCGGCCCAUCUGCAACUGGCUAUGGGGAGCAAGCAUGAAGGUGCAACAUACUAUGUUGAUGCUGGAAAUUGCUAUAGAAAGGGAGACCCUAAUGCUGCAGUUAGUGCAAUUCACAAGGCCAUAGAAAUCUAUACAGAUAUGGGGCGAUUCAACAUUGCUGCUAAACAUCACAUAACAGUUGCAGAAAUUUAUGAAAGUGAAUUAGUCGACACAGAAAAGUCCAUGCAGAACUAUGAGCAGGCUGCCGAUUACUAUAAAGGUGAGGAGUCAAAUAGUUCUGCAAACAAGUGUUUACUAAAAGUUGCCCAAUUUUCUGCAAUAUUAGAAAAAUAUGAAAAGGCUAUCGAAAUUUAUGAACAGGUAGCUACUUCCUGUAUGGAUAACUCCCUGCUGAAGUAUAGUGCAAAGGAUCAUUUUUUUAGAGCUUCAAUCUGUCACAUGUGCAUGGACACAGAAAAUGCAGUGCUUGCUGUUAAAAAAUAUGAGGAAAUGUUCCCAGCUUUUGGUGAUUCCAGAGAGUGUAAACUUGUAAAGAAACUUCUUGAAACAAUAAAAGAAGAAAAUGUGGAUCAGUUUACCAGCGCAUUACAAGAGUAUGACAGCAUAUCAAGACUUGACCCAUUCAUAACAAACUUGCUCCUGAAAGUCAAGAAACAGCUGAAUUCUGAACCAGAAUUGUGUUAAUCAAUUUUGUAAUAUGUGGACAAUCCUAAAGAAAGCCUCGGUUUUAUGCUCAUGUGUUUAAAACAUUGAAGUAAACAGAGUGCAAUUUUGUAUUAUUUAGCAGCUACCAUGCUGAAUACAGCUAAAGAGCUCAUGUAAAAAAAAAUCAUUAUUUAAUUAGGCACAUGGGAUUUUUCGGCAAUGUUUCCAUUUGUGAAGUUGGUUAGAUUCUCUGCAUUCUGUGUGAUGAAGUAUUUUUGUUAACACCUGUGAUUCAUGUGUUGUAAAUAUUUGAAACUUGAUGCUUGUAUGAUUCAAUAACAUGUUCUACAGUAUAUUUCUACCUACCAUAUUCACUUGGUUUGGGUUAACAUUCUGAAGUAUUAAUGUUCGUAUACCUAAACUAUAUAAUUAAACUAAGAUAAUUUAUAGCAGUUUACUUUUUCUUUAAUCCACUUGAUGCAGUACUGAGAAGUGGGUCACUUUGUUUCAUUAUGGCAUGACAGUUUUUUUUAAAACUUAGCCAUAUAUUCUUAGAGAAUAGUUGUAUCAUGUAGUAUUUUAUUAGUUUAACACACUGUUCAGCAUCACAUGCAUUUUAAAACAGAAUUAAAUAGCUUAUUUUCAGAAUUGAUAAAUUUUUAAAAUACUGAAUAAGGUUUUGCUUUUCCUUUCUCCCAAGGCACAUGGCAGUAAUCACACUAAAUAACUCUAUCACAUUGUAACUAUUGAGUCAAUUUAGUGAGAAUCUGUCUUCGUGACAAUUAUUGCAAGUAACAUACAAUCCCAUAUCUAGUUAUUUUCUUACAUUCCUGCUUUGGGUAUUCAUGAAAGCUCUUUGGAUGAAGACAUGCUAAGGAUGUAGGGCUUGCCAUUUAAAAUUUCAUCUCAUCUCCAGUGCUUCUACAUUAUUUACAAUAAUUUGUAUUUUCAUAUCUUUUAAAAAACAUAAAAUUUCCUAGUUAUAGUAAUUGUUGUUUACCUGUCAAUUUUAUCAAUUUAUAUAGGCUAGUUCUCUUUACUGUUUAAAUGGAAUUACAUGCAUGUAAAUAGUUUAAAAAUCAUUAGUAAUAAUGUUUACAAAUGUAACUAUUUUUAGCACAUAUUACACACACUGAAUUGAGGAUCAAGUAUCAGUGUGCAUUGAUUUUGCAAGAUGCUGCAAUUUUCUCCCAGAAGUCAUGAUUUAGUCAAUAUUGUUUGACCUAUGAUAAUACCCUAAAAUUUUAGACAAAAAAAUAGAAUUUAAUUUUUUUCUCUUUUUACAAUUCAAUACUGUUAUUAUAAUCAAUCUAAUUUCCGCUGUGUUUUUUCCUUCUUAAUUGAAAACCAAUUUACUUCUUAUGUGUCACAAAUUAAAAUCAGCUACUACUUUUU